CUCUUAGGUGACUCAAAGGACUCACACUUCCUCAAGCACACCUUUCUUGCAAAUUUCCCAAGACAAGUGAAAAACCAAUUUCAAUGUUCAAGGGACCUAAUUUCGGAUUCUAGGGCUACACUAGAAGACUAAAGCUACAAAUUAAGAGUAAUAUUCAAUGUCAUCAAAAGUCUAAUGAAAAUAGUAUCUAAAGUGUCUAUUUAUACUAUUACAUAACAAUGACUAAAUUUCCCUUAAUGAGGCAUAGGAAGAGGCGCCCUUGGAGUGUGGUCUUUUGAAGUGUAAAGACCACUAUGCUCUUAAUGAAUAGGCGCCUAUGUGAUGUAGUGAUCUCUCCUUCUCUUCAAUUUGAUCAAGGCUUUGAAAAGGCUCCAAAAGGGUCUUCAAGCACUUGCCAAAUCCGAACUUGAACCUUCUACAAGACCUUGAAAUCCUUGUGCUCCUUGUGCUUGUAUCAUAAUCUCAAUGAAAACAAAUGGGACCAGAAUUAUCUAAGUAUGUCUUUUGGUAAUUGGAAGGUGAAAACUUGGAGUAGGGUGUGAUUGGACUGACAUUAUGGCAUUUUAUGGACGCAAUCUGGUUUCCAUGUGUCAUUGGCUAAGUUACUGAGUGGUCUUUUUUAUAGGAGUACUUCAAAUUUUUUUGAUUUCAUUAGCUUUUGUAGUAAGUGUGUUUAUGACGUGUCUAUCUUUUUCCUGUUUCUGAUUAUAACAUGUAAUGAAACUCAAAUUAAAUAAGUAGUAGUAGAAGAGCAUUUAUGACAUCUUUUCCAUUUUAAUAUCUUCUAGGAUCUAGCAUGUUUAAUUUUAGAGGCAGAGUUAAGCCAUUCCAUAUUUUAAUUUGUUAUCACAAGCCUGUUAAACUCACAUAGUGCCUGGGAUUUUUCACUUAGGUAAUACGUACUUGUUCUUUUACUUGUUUUUGUUCCCUUUAUUCUUCUUCUGGUCCUUACAUUAUUAUCUCUUCCCAUUUGGUGGAAGUUUCAAGGAAGAUUUCUGCCACGAUGUUACAAUGGAUGGGUGGGUCAAGGAGGAAAGUUGAUGCUUCAAGAAGGUCAACACAGAAAAGGCAAAAGCAAUUUUUUGAGCAAAGAAAAUGGCAUGAGCAGCAGAAAAAAGAUGCAAGAGAGAGCUUCUUUGAGGAGAAAACCCCAUGCUAUCAGCCAGAAAAGAAUAGUCGUUCACUUGAUAUUCUGAGUUUACUGAACUUAUCAACAGGUUCUGGGGAACACAAGUCAAAUGUCCAUUCAGCAAGGCAUAUUUAUGAGGACAAUCAAAUGCUACAGCCUUCUCCAGUGAUUCAAACAAAAAAAGUCAUUUGUCUUGGCUCUCUUCAACAUAAGGAAGGAACUUCACCAAGCUACCAAGAUGAUGCUGCCUGCCCACAGAAUACAUCAGUCGGAGCACCUGGAGGUCAUGAGAAAGCUUUGUACAGCACCGAUCACAAAGAAAACCCUCUGACAAACUCUACAAGCAAGCAGCUCUCUAUCAUUGACAUACUUGGUGAUGAUGGACCGAACUGCGAGUUGGGAAGUUCGACUCAUGAAGGCCAUGUUGCAUUUUCGUUUGAAGGUUUAGGUAAAGUUGAAAUGUCUACCCCAGUCCAUUCACCGCAGCAACCUGGCAGGUCCUCAUGUCCAAGGGCUAGGAGAAAGGGUCUCUCAUCUGACUACCUUAACAGAGGCAUAUAUGGCAUUGAACUUGAAUUGGAUCGCAUGAUGGUGGAUGUAGAACUACCUUUUCGUACAAGUCCUUUAGACGGAUCCUCUUGCUCCAGGGGAAUACCAGAUUUACCUGGCAGCGCAGAACAUAAGUUACCAGAUACCAAAUGGUUCUCCUUUAAUAACAAUUUCACUUAUCUGCACGCUUUUGAGAAUGAUGAGAUCUUUGGCAAAAGUAAGGAGAGUUCAAAUACAAUUUGGAAUGCAUAUUCCAGCUUCCCACUUCCUGAAAGCUUUCAUGAAGAUUGUGGUUCACUACCUAAGAGCCACUUAUAUCAUUUAGAUGCUGGCUCCACUGAUUUUUGGAAUUGCCAAAGUUGUGGGAGGCGAGCAUUCUACUUUGAGGACUGUUAUUAUUGGAAUUCUGCCAAUUCUUGUAGUGCCAGAAAUAAUGAGAAGCAAGGAACCUGUUUUGAUGACUCUUAUCAUCAGAAUCAAAGGGUCAGGAUGAGAGCCAAAGCAGAAUUCAACAUAAUAGAUUCACCUACUUCCUAUUCCAAGCACUUCAAACCAGAGAAUUUCAGUGUCUCAGAUGGAGAAUGGUAUUCCAUGGGAUGCGCAAGCCCUCAUUUAAUGGAUUAUAUAGACCAUGCUGACAUGACAUGGUUUGCAAAUGAAGAUGCAAGAGAUAAUUUGAGUUUAUUGAGCGAAGAGUCAUCCACUGCAGUGGUGGGUGACUUAGACACACAACAAAAGAUGAACUCAAAUAAUAAAAGGAGAAGCCAGGAGGAUGUAUCUGAUGGGAGCAAAGAGAAAAAAUUCUGUGAGAUGUUAUUUUCGAAGGAAAGAAAUUGCAAGAGGAGUGAUAUUCAGCUAGGGAAAGAAAUGGAUGAGCCAACAAAGUCACCAUGGCCACUGAACCAAUCAAGAGCCGAGCCAGAACAUGGCAAUCCUGUAUUUUAUGAGAAGAGGUCAGACAUGAACAAUGAUCAACCGAGGGAGGCAAGAUAUAGUCCAGGAGAGUCAAAUUCAAGAUUCAGAUCUUUCUACCAAACUUCAGGUUCCAAAAGAUAUGUAUCCACUUGUUCUGACUUUUCUGUUGGAGAUGUCCUUACUGACCGGGAGCCUAAGUUACAAGUGGACACCCUACAGAACUUCAAAGGGUCUAAUAAAUAUCCAGGUGAAUAUGCACCCUCAAGUUUUAUGUUGGAACCAACGACUUUUGCACUAGAUAGCCCCGGGUGCACCUUCAGGAACUUGUUUCAGGAUGCCAAGAAGGCAUGUGGUACCGAGGAUUCAUUACAUAGUCUUGGUUCCCAUGGCACAGUAACAGGAAACUUUGUAAGAGAUGUAGGUAAGAUACCUUAUUUCCCGAGCGAUGGAGACAAAGGUGUUGAUAUCCUACCAUUUGAUAGCAGCCAAUUUGUCCCAAUUACUGAAGUUUCUGGUAGGUGCAAGGGUUUCUCAUCAGGAAAGGAAAAGUCAGUGGAUGUAUCAAGUGCUGUCAAUAGGUGUAGCAACUGUGAGGAACCAAAGGAAAAAACUCCAGAAGUGAAGGACAGGACUCGAUUGUUUAACUACUCUGAAUGUGCAGAAGAAGCAUCUUUAUCUAUAGAGAUAUCCACUGUAUCAAAGGGGGAUCAGGACAGUUCAGAUAAAAAUCAGGACACUCAAAUCUUUACUUAGAUACCAAGCAGGAGAUGAAGUUACAAAAGAGGACAUCAGAUCUUCGUCAAAUGAAAGAAUGAUAACUACACGACAAUGUCACAAUGUUCAUCAAAAUGGGCAGGUUAUGAUGUUUGAGGACGUGUCCUUCAAUUUCUACAUGUGCAGUUUUUGAAGGAAGCACAGGAUUAAAGAACUUGGGAAUCGGUAUGAUACUCUUAUUAUGUUUUAAUAGAUAAAAGCAAACAUGAACAUUCUAAUUCAAUUGUUGGCUUUUUAAGCAUUUGACUUUCAUGUGUUUGUCGCUAUGGUUUAGAGACAUGAAAGCUAUGUUGUGUUCUAGUGAUGCAUACUGCCAUGACUAUUGAACUUGUAGAACCAGAUUUAUGUGCA